ACAUUCAGAAGAACACUCGAAAUAUUGCCUACUACAGAAUGACCUUCAAUACAACUCUUCAAGUUUCCCGUCACGAUUUAACCCAUCAUGAGAAAACUACAUUGGAAAUUGUCUUUUACAUCAUCAUAAUUCUCUUAGGCACCACUGGGAACUCUGUGGUUAUCUGGGUGGCCGGUGUCCGUAUGAAACCCAAUGUCACCAACACAUGGUUGGUUAACCUUGCUGUGGCUGACCUGAUCUUCUGCUUUACACGAGUGACCUCGCUCAUCAGUAUAUGCAUUGGCCACUGGCCAUUUGGAGUCUUUCUCUGCAAGUUUGAUGGCUUCUUCAAGUACGCCAACAUGUUCUGCAGCGUUUUUCUUCUGGCGGUCAUCAGUGUGGAUCGAGUGAUUUGUGUGUGGCGCCCAGUGUUUGCUAGGAAGAAGCGUACCUUAUGUGCUGCUCGUGUGAUCAGUUUGGUGGUUUGGAUUGUGGCAUUGAUCUUCAGUUCACCAUACUUUGUGUACCGAGGGGUCUAUACUAGGAACAACCUGAGCCAUUGCUCACUGAAGGAAAAAGCAGCAGUUGGAGGAAGUUCAGCAAAGUAUGUUUACUACUACAUUCGCUUCUUUUGUGGAUUUGUGUUUCCUUUCCUGGUGAUCUUCAUCUGCUACACACUGGCUGCUGUUGGGAUUCGCAGAACGAGAUUCUCCGGCAAAUCAAGACCUCUUAAGAUUCUUGCUUUAUUGGUUUUUGCCUUUUUCUUAUGUUGGGCACCUUAUCACAUCCUAGGUCUUGUUAAAUUGAGGAAUAAAAACCACCGGGCUGUAAAGUUAGGAUGGCGUAUGGCUUCAAACUUAGCCUAUUUCAACAGCUGUGUAAACCCAAUAUUGUACUUCUGCACGGGACUGAAUCUCAGACAACGCUGCAAUCAAAGCCUCUUAGGGAUUUUUUACAGAGCUCUUACUGAAGAAGGCCGAACGUUGUGCCAGGACACCACUUUGGAGGAACGUUCAAGCUGUGUUUUAAAAGCAUCUGGUAUAGUUCACCACACACAGACUGUCACAGUUGUGGAAAGUUACUUUAAAAAGUAAUGCAUUACAAUAUUAAGUUACUCCCAAAAAAGUAACUAAUUGCGUUACUUUUCAUGGAAAGUAAAGCUUACGUUACUUUUUAGUUACUUUUUCUUGGCUGAGGCUUGAUCGCUUUCAAGCCUUGCUGGUGUUUUUUAUGACUGAAAAGUUCUGCAUUCAAAAAUUGCAUAUUUCAUCACAAAAAUGUUGAGCUCUGGCCUGCCAUCUCAGUUUUUGACUCAAACUGUACCCAAACAGGUGUGUAUGCAUAGAAUGCAUAAUGUGUAUACGUUUAGUUUAAUUCAGUACAUGUUUUUUUUUUAAUCAAAUGAAUUAACCUGAAAAGUAACUUGCAUUACUUUUUUAAAAAAGUAACUGAAAUAUUAAUCGGUACAUUUAAAAAGUAAUGCGUUACUUUAUUUGUUACGCAAAUAAAAGUAAUAUUAUGAUGUAAUGCAUGUUACUUGUAAUGUGUUAUCCUCAACACUGAUGACUGUAUGUCCUUUUAAGGAAGUCACCAUAUUUGCAACGCCUCCAGGUCUUGUUAGAGCAAGCCAAGACCUUUCGAUUCUUUGUAUGCGCAAAGUCCCUCUCCCAAAGAAUUCCAUUAUUUAACGAUUGACGAUUGGCUCUUUUAAAGGAACAGUAUGUAGGAUUCUGGCCAAAACUGGUAUUGCAAUCACAAAACUUGUGGCUAAAACUGGUACUGCAAUCACACAAAUGGUGGCCAAUACACAAAAUGACAACAUAAACAUCAGAUGAGGACUGCAACUACACUUUUUAAAUGACAAUAUCAUGGCCAGAACACUGUUGUCAGUGAUAUAAGGAUUUGAAAUGAAAAUUAUUUCUUAAUGUCUAGUGACAUAUCAGGGAUUUUUUAUUAUUAUUAAUUGAUAUAAAUUUCUUACAUACUGUUCCUUUAACUGGGAGGCGGGACAAGAGCGGCCAUUUGCAAUCUUCCCUAUUCAUAUCAAUAUCAGUGACACAUCUUGUUGAUAUUACAUUUCUUUGCUGUAGAUUAAGUGCAUUAAAAAAAUCGUAUAUCUUUUAUUCAAUACAAUUUUUGCUGUCACGUUAGUCAUGUUUCUGGGAGCUAAGCAAAAAGAUAAUGACAAUAAAUGUUUAUGCCUGUACUGCCCUAUAAGACCAGAACACAACAGCAAGAUAGGUAUUCAAAGGAUUCAGUACAAAUAUAAAGAGGAACAAGUUGUAUUUAAAUAUUUUACUACCUCUAUUACAUAACAUAAUAUUUCCUUGUUGUCCUUUCCAGCUGUAUUUACAAUAGCUGUAU